GGGGUGUAACGCAUACUGGAUACUUACACGCCGAUGCUUGAAGGUCUCAGACGUGCAUCGUUUUAGUGACUACUUGCAGCGUUUGGUUGUGGAGUAGUUUCUAAGGAACUGUAGUGAGCUCAAUUUUGUUUGGUGUGAAAAAGUCGACAAACUUGCAGUAUGUAAUCGUUAUAUACCUCAUAAAAAUGGGUAUGGGGCAUAGACAAUUAAAGUUAUAAUUGGAGUGAGGAAUUUGGGAUUACUUCGUCCAUUUUUAAUUGAGUCUGCUGUGACUGGCUGAUUCUGCAAGAAAAGUCGGGUGCACGGAGAGUGAUGCCGGCGUUGUCAUGGUUACCGAAAACGCAGCUGCUACGUAGUAAACCGUUCUUGGUAUGUGUUGUGUUAGUUUUGUUGGGACUCCUGUUGGUACACAGCUCUCGCCGGAAGGCCGUCCUGGUGGAAUGGACGCCGGAAUACUCUCAACCAAGAAGUGGACGCCAUGUCGCUCUCGGAAACGGUAGUGCCUUCGACAUAUUACUUACAAAUGCGUUUGAUGUGAUUUUUAAUGCAACUCGUCUCAACAUCGAUCUGGAAAACAAAACUCACGGAAAACCCGAAGCCAAAAUAAAUGUUUCAUUUGAAACCAGUCCAGAAAAGACUCGAAUAUUGACUAAGAAUGUAUCUCAGGAAGAAGUAUCCAAACCUGGCGGGUUGAAAUAUGAGACAAGCAGCCAAUGUACUAAACAGAUAAAUGUCAGUUUUCUGAAGGUCCAUAAAGCUGGUAGCACCACUGUGAUGAACAUAUUUCUACGAUUCGCAAUCAGUCAUAACUUGAACUUAGUUCUUCCACGCAAUUCUCGAGGUUAUGGAUUUAAUUACCUAGGUUAUGGGAAAACCGUUUCUAGUGACCGAAUCGUUCCGCUACCACCAAACGAACGUUACAACAUAUUGUGCAAUCAUGUAGUUUAUAACAAAGAAAAAUUCCGAGAGAUUUUACCACCGAAUACCUCAUAUAUCGGGAUUAUUCGCGAGCCGGUGAGCCAUUUUAUUUCUGCGGCCACAUACUAUGGAUUCUAUAAAAGACUGUCUAUAAAUAAAACACAAGGACACGUGAUGGGAGAUUUCUUGCGCGACCCAUCGGCGCAUGCCAUAAGCACUUCAUUUGUUCGAAACCGGAUGUCGUUCGACUUUGGAAUUCCUGAUUCGGAAUUCGAAAACGAGACGUUCAUAGGGACCUAUAUCAAAGAACUUGACAAGGACUUCGCCCUAGUUCUAAUCAUGGAGCGUUUCCCAGAAUCCUUGGUUCUAAUGCGGAGAAAGCUGUGUUGGAGCACAAAGGACAUACUGUAUGUUCCGCUCAAUGCGCUCCGAAGCAAACCGGAAUUCCAGCUCACAGACGAAGAUAUUCACCGACUUCGGGACUGGAACGGCGCGGAUUUUAGACUCUAUGACUAUUUUAAAAUUAAAUUUGACCAAUUAGUAAAACAGGAAGGAAAUGAUUUACAGGAGGAAGUCAAGAGCUUUCUCGAAAUCAAAAAGACAGUCGCUGAGUUUUGUUUUGGGGAAUCUAGUGAUUUCAAUGCGUCAUUUCCGGCCUCGAAGUGGAGCGCUGGGUUCAAUGUCACCUUAGAGGACUGUGAUCUGAUGACAGAAGACGAGCUUCCGUUGCUCAGAAACCUGAUCGACGAGGCGUGGGAGAAGUACCAAAAGUCACAGCCUUUAUCUACAUCACCUGUAUCGUCAUCUAUAGCAAUGCCGACUACAACGGCGGCGUCAACCAAAUAAAUUAUGAACACCAACACAGCGUUGAAAAUAGAAAUUAUCAGUGUCAUGACUCUGCAGUUUCCUGUACAGUUGAUGCAAAAGCAAAAACAAAUAUACGUAAUAUGUACAUGGUAUAUACGGUAUAUUUUAAUUAAUGCAAAUAACUUCUUAUUUGAAAGGAUGUUAAGAAGGGACGAACAGAGACAAAUGUAUUAAAUAUCAAUUAUGCCAUAUACUGGUCGUGAAAAUCGAUGUGAAAUAAUGUGGGGUUUUUUACCUUGCGGGCACAUUCUGUAGGUCAGGUUUUCAUUAUUGAAAUGUUUAAACUGUGAUUUAGAACAUGUACUUACUAGUCAUUCAACUUAUGCACGAAACGCUUAGUAGCGUAUUAUUAAUGUUAAUGUUAUUCAAUACUCUAUUUUAAUAAAUAUUUUAAUUCUUACUUUGAUGGCAUGUUUUGUCUUCACCUAUGAUUAGAUUUGGCGUUAUCUGGCAUUUAAGGUGCGUGUUUGUUGUUUUGCACAGAAGCGGUAUUUUUUUAUGCGCUGUAUUGAUUUUUUAUGUACUUAAAAUCGUUUUCUUUUAUGCUGUUCUGAGCUCAAUGUCGUUUCAGUGAGCCUUUGUGAUCGCAUUUUGUCCGUCACUGGGUCUUCCCUGUGCGUCGUAUGUUCUACAUACCCAUGGUAUCACAUUUCCGCCGAAAUGUUCACGAAACUUGGUUAAACAACAUGCCCCUUUAUUCUAAACUUGAUCAUGUCAAUUAAAAACAGCUACCGGUACUCUAUUUUAUUGUCCCCUACCGGUGAAACCGGAGGGGGCUUAUGGUUUGCACUCCGUCCGUCUGUCUGUCAGUCUGUUUGUCAGUCUGUCUAUCGGUCUGUCUGUCAGUCAGUCCGUCACACUUUUCUGGAUCCUGCGAUAACUUUAAAAGUUCUUAACAUUUUUUCAUGAAACUUGAAACAUGGAUAGAUGGCAAUAUGGAGAUUAUGUGCGUCAUUUCCUUUUGUUCCUACAUCAACAAUUCUGGUUGCUAUGGCAACAUAUAUAUAUAUAAUAAAAAAUAAUAAUUUUUUUACUGACAAUGGUGGAGUUUUACCGGUAGGAGACCAUAUUGCUUGGAAAUCUCUUGUUUUAUUUUAAUUCUUACUUUGAUAGCGUAUUUUGUCUUCACCUAUGAUAAUGUUUGGCGUUAUCUGGCAUUGAAGGUGCGUGUUUGUUGUUUUACACAGUAGCGGUAUUUUUGUAUGCGCUGUAUUGAUUUUUUAUGUACUGAAAAUCGUUGUCUUUUUUGCUGCUCUGAGCGCAAUGUCAUUUAGUGAGCUUUUGUGAUCGCAUUGUGUCCGUCGUAUGUUCUACAUAGCCAUGGUCUCACAUUUCCGCCGAAAUCUUCAUGAAACUUGGUUAAACAAAAUGCCACUAUGCUAUUUAGGCUUUAUUCUUUACUGGAUCAUGUGAAUAAAAAAAAAGCUACCGGUAGUUUACUCGUUUGGUUUAUACGUAUGGCCCAACAGUCAUUAAACUUGGUAAGAAUAUGUGUUACAUUUUACGACCGAAUUCGAAAAUGGGUCAUGCGUGACUCAAAGCCUUGUCACACUUGUAUAUACUUUAUGUGCAGAUCCUACCAGUAUCAUAAACUCAGGCUAGCGGCUAAAGGCCCUCGUGUUGAAAUAAGGGCCACUUUGUAUGAUUUAUGAUCCUCGUGCUGCAACGAAUGGCCAAACAUGUUGUCUACGGAUUUUUAUUGUAUUUCUUUUGUUGAGCUUACAGUGUGUAUUUUUAAAGAUUUCAACAUUUCCAUAUACGAAAUGUGAUGUCAGAUUAUGAUUUAAUUAUGCAGAGUGUAUUGUAUGAUAAGGAAAACAGUACUUUUACCAUCUGUUUUUGGUAUUCGGUGCACGCGUAAGCAAUUGCUAAACUUUCUUUAAAAUGGUAUCUACAAAAGCAAACAGACCUCAAAUUAGUGUUUGCACCGCCUUUGAUUAAACCUAUUAUAACAUAUAAUUAAACAACAACCACUUUACAAAGCCCGUAAUUAAUUUUGCUAUCGCAUGUCUAUUUUUUUAUUGAUUUUAUAAAGUGUUUUCAUAUCUGUCCAUGAUAGUAUUUCGGUUAAUAUAAACAAAGAAUUUGAGAAAUCUGCGUAAAUAUUCGAUCGUUUGUGUAUCGACUAACGGGGAACAUAAUUAACUUGUCACCUAAUAUGUUUAUAGCUUUAAAUGUUGACUAAUGUUAUAGCUAAGUUAGUACAAUCUAUGAUUUAUUGCUUGAGUAGUAAACACGCGCGCUUGUAUGCCUUACAUUGGGACGAGUUCAUGCGUGAACACCAGAAUUGAUAUUGUUUUCUUCCGUAAGUGUUGUAUGGAUUUUAUAUUAUACGCAAGUGCAAUUAUACACAUGUUUGAUGGUGCAAUUUAAACUUAUUUUUACAAUAAAGUAAAAAUAUG